AACGGGAGCGCUGGUGGGUGAGAGGAAUGGCGGCGCCAUUCAGGAACAUUAACGGCCGCGACAUCGUCUUCAGUCAAGAGGAUCACUCUCCGCUCUGCCGCGAAUUCACCGUCAUCUCUCCGAAGUUAUCGCUGCGGUCUGUUCUCGGGUACACCGCCUUCAUCUGGCUCAUCGCCUACUCCAUCUUCUACCGCACGCAGAACACUUCAGUGCUCUCAGCUACCAUUAUCAUCACUCUCCUUGGAAUGAUUCUGCACCUUCAUUUUUGUAAAGUCGAUCAGGAAUCCAUGCUGAUUAUUGGAUCGAUUGGAGUCCAAAUGAACACCUUGUAUGCCUCGGGCAGAGAGCACGUGAAUUUCAUUGAGAUGAAGAAAGUGAAGGAUAUUGUGAUCAAUGAAGGCUUUUAUAUGCAGAAGGUCAUCUACUACUUGUGUAUACUACUGAUUGAACCAGAGAGCCCUAGAGGAGUGUCUGAAGUGGUGCCAGUGUUCCAGAAUGCAAAACCACGCCUAGAUUGUCUGUCCCAAGUGUACAGAAGCUGUCAAGAAAUCUUACAAAAGGCACAGGUUGAUCAGUGAACUUAUCACAGUUGAAGGGCAAUCUGUUUCAAGGUAGAGAUCCAGAUCAGGGAAGAUAUUUUAAAAAUAUCCUUUUAAAAUAUUUGCAUCAAAGGACACUUGCAACCAAUUAGCAGAAAAGCUUUGAAAACUUGCCACAGCUUGCAAGAGGUGGGCCUAGCAGCUACAAAGCACCAAGCCACUGUCCAUUGGCGCUACUGAUGACUGCAGUGUUGAUGGGAUAUAUCGUGAAGAACGUUUUUUCCUUACUUUGAGAAUACAGCAAAACAUUGGAUAUAGAAUUGGUGAGAGAGUUACAGCAGAAAGAAUUUUUUUUCCCCAAGUUGUAGUAAUAAAGAAAAGUUUUCAUUCGUGAUCUAAGGAUGUGCCAGAACACUUUGCAGCCAAAGAAGUGCUUUUGGAAUGUAUCCACUGUUGAGUUUUACAGUGGAUCUCACACAGUGAUCUCCCUCAAGGUGAUGUGUUAUGUUGGUUGAGAGUCAAAACAUUGACCGUACCAGAGAGAAGCUUCUUCUGGUCCUUGUUGAAAUACUAGCACAUGAUCAACUUAAGUGAUUAAAUAGGGUUUUAAUAGUUCAUCUGAAAAGCUGUGCAUUUGAUACUGUAGCAACCCCUUCCAUACUGAAGCAGAGGUCAGCAAACAUUAUGUGCUCCGAAGUAAAGCUGCUAAAGAAUUUCUUUAUGGAAACCUGUACCUAAUAUUGCAUCUACUGAUACCUUAUUGUUUGGUGUGUAUCAAACUAUUGUUUUAAUUAUUUGUUUGGUAAUGGAGGAGCUUCAUUUUAAAACAUUUUUUGGGGUGGCAGUGGUGCAGUAGAUAUGCAGCCCUGCAUCACUAACCAUCCUGGUUCAAUUCUCACCUCUGAUGUUGUCUUCCUCAGCUGCAUUGGUUUCUCUCGAGUCCUUGUGUUCCCUCACACAUUGCAAAGGUGGGUUAAUUGGUCUCUGUAAAUUGCUCCUUAUUCCUGGUGGUGGCAGGAGGAUCAGAGCUGAUGGGAAUUUGAGAGACAGUAGGUCACAUGGAAUAUGACGAAUGGAAUCACUCUGAAAGACAACAUAGACUGUGGGCUGAAUGAUUUAUAUUGUGAAGAAAUAUGGAAAAUGAAUUUAAGGCUGAUUCUACAUGUAAUGGAAUAUUAGCUUGAGCGGGCCCUUGAGUGAUGAUUAAAGGCUAAUUAUGUUUAACAAGUAUGGCAGUGCCACAUGUUGUAAUUAAAGAAAUCACAGCAGUCAACUUGUACUGAGACCUUCAACAGAAACUGAGUAUAUCUUGCUGUUGAUGAUGUAGUGCCCACCAAACUAGCUUCCCUACUGGGCUUGAAGAUACAACAUUGGCAGUGACUACCUAAUUCUGUGUGCAAACAAGAAAGCAAAACCCCUUUUUAUUCUGAUCCUGUUCUCUGAAGCCAAAGUACUCCAGAAUUUCCAGAUAGCAGUGAACUCAGCUUUACUCGUGAAGUGAAACUGAGAACCUGGCUCUCUUAAACAGCCUGUGUAAAACAGCCAGACUGGAGGUUAGAAUAAACACUGAAAGUGUCUGUGCUUUCUGAUGGGAAGCGCUGAAAUGAAGUUACAGUCAAUGUCUAGAUGAGUAUGGAAGUGAUAGUAUGUAAGUGCUGAGGUAAGCAGGUCGGAGAUACAGAAGCCUGAAGGCACACACUCAGUGAUUCAAGAACAGCUUCUUCCCCUCUGCCAUCCCAUUCCUGAAUGGACUUUGAAGCUUUGGACACUACUCACUUUUUUUAAUAUAUGGUAUUUCUGUUUUUGCAUAUCUUUUUAAUAAUCUAUUCAAUAUAUGUAAUUGAUUUACCUGUUUAUUUAUUAUUAGUUUUUAUUUUAUUUCUUUUUUUUUCUCUCUCUCUCUGCUAGAUGAUGUAUUGCAUUGAACUGCUGCUGCUAAGUUAAGAAAUUUCGCAUCACAUGCCGGUGAUAAUAAACCUGAUUCUGAUUCUG